CAGUUUCGAAACCGGGCAGCCCAACUGUGCUGCUUGCAGUAGCAGCAGCAACACCAGCCCGUUGGGACCUAACAAUUGCUAUCAUUGGCAGUUUACUUGCGUCACCAUAACGGCGUCGUGGCAGGUUGUCUCGUGUCUUCAUAUUCCUUCCGGGGACAGCCUGAGGAAGGCGCUGCUACUGGCUGGCAGUACUCUUUCUUCGACACGUCUACCAUCACAUUUCCUAUUCUGUGGUGGGGGCUGCUGUCUGUUUUUAUGUUGGCGAUGAUACUGCGCGCAUUGCUAUGUUGUGGUCUGAGUGGAUCGAAUGACACUAUCUUCGACACUGACGGUGUGUCGGAACAUAAUCCUAGGGAUACCAAGGUGAAAGCGAAGGACAUACCUGCUCCUGCGAAGCCCGAGCCGUACUCGGCCGCCCGCGCGGAAAAGCUGUUCACGACAUACGCCGACGUGGACGAUCCAUCCUUCAUUGGCGCAGAAGGGUUCGAGCAGUUAUGCACAGAUGCGGACAUUUCUAUGGAGGGUGCUCUACCCAUGCUACUUGCAUGGCAGAUGGAUGCAACGGAGAUGGCGAAGAUUACGAAGGAGCAGUGGUCACAAGGGAUGGACGUCUUACAAAUAUCCUCUCUACCGACGCUUGCCAUAGCUCUUAAUGACCUCAACGAUCUCCUCAUUCUUUCUAAAACGCCACUCAAACCCGCCGCCCGUCCAACAUCUAGCCUAGCAGGAAAAGUCAAGAAGCCUGGUGAUGAAGGGGACCCAUACAAUCGCAAACGCUAUCAUGAAUAUGCACGCGACACGAAGAAGGCGUUCGGCUCACUCUAUCAGUUUUGUUUCACGCUGGCGAAACCGGAGAACUCGAGGAACAUUGAUAUGGAGACGGCUACUGCGCUAUGGACCGUACUACUGGUGCCAAAAUAUCCGUUGAUGGGUGACAUCGUAGAUUUCAUUACGGAGGCGGGGUCGUACAAGGGCGUCAACAAAGAUUUGUGGCACAUGAUGUUGGAGUUUUGCCAGACGAUCAGCCCCAACCUCGACAACUACGAUGAGAAUGAAGGAGCAUGGCCGACCUUGCUCGACGAGUUUGUCUCGUGGAGAAAUGGCCCUGUAGGGACUUCCUCAUAGGAGCUUGGCAAGGUCGUUCCUUCCGUCAACAAUUGCCCUCAGUGCCACGCACUCAUCUGCGCUGCUUCUUUUUUUUUCACGUCUUCACACUUUCCCAAUGCAUUCUGCACCGCAAUUAUUACACUAUCCCCCAAAUUCAAUCGCAUGCCAUAUUUUUACAUGUUUCUGUCUGGGUCUUGCGGUGCUUGCCCUGCCUGUUGCUCCUGGGGAUAUAACACUGGCUAUUUUGACGAUAUAUUUGAGGCCUGACCUCCACCGUUCGGUUCUGAAGCUAUCUCGAGCCAACCUUUUCGAUAGUCCCUUAUUUACCUUGGCCCCUUCAAAAAGAUGUCUCAUCAUCGCGCCACCUCUUCAUCCUCCUCACUUGCCCGCCGCCCUCUCUUGGUUUCCAUAACUCCCGCUUCUCUGAACCUCCUCUUGAUCUCCUCCAUCUCAGCCUUCGGCUCCACGACUGCGUCCUUCGCGAGCCACAGCUCCCCGUCUUCC